AGCGCCAAGCCACUGCUAUCUCUACAUCCCAGCUCUGCAGACAAGAUGCAACGACUGUGUAUGUACACACUGGUCUUUGCACUGGCUCUGGCCACCUUCUCUGAAGCUUCUUGGAAGCCCCACUCCCAGUUGCCAGGUGUGCCCUCAGGUCCAGUGGCCAACAGAGACCUGGAGCAACAGCAGCACUGGCUGGACCAGAUGAAUGCAGCCUCUCACCACCGAAGGCAGCUGGGGCCCCAGGGCCCCCCACACCUUGUGGCAGACCUGUCCAAGAAGCAGGGGCCAUGGCUGGAGGAAGAAGAGGAAGCUUAUGGAUGGAUGGACUUCGGCCGCCGCAGUGCCGAGGAAGGGAACCAACAUCCCUAAAACCGAACUUCAGAGCCCAGCCACCUCUCACCCACCCCAGCCCUGUCCAGUGAAAAUCAAAGAAAAAUAAACUAGUUU